AUGUAAGAUGGAAAAACAAAUUCUGGGGAAAGUCCAUGGAAAUUGUUCCAGUUGGUACAACACACGUAACUCUUCCAGCUUUUAAAGACCAUUUUGCAUGGAACAAGGUGACAUCUUGCAUCCAUAACAUCUUAAGCGGGCAAAGAUGGAUUGAACACUAUGGAGAGAUCAUCAUCAAAAAUCUUAACGAUGACACUUGCCACUGUAAACUGACCUUCAUAAAGGCAAAGUAUUGGAAUCCAAAUGCACAUGAGAUUGAAGGCAGUGUCAUGGAUAAAGCCGGAAAAGUUGUGCAUCGACUCUUUGGGAAGUGGCAUGAGAGUUUAUACUGUGGGACAACUUCAUCUUCAAACUGCAUCUGGAGAGCAAAUCCGAUGCCUAAGGAUUAUGAACAGUGGUACGGGUUUACUCAAUUUGCCCUGGAGUUAAAUGAACUGGACCUGCAAACGAGGUCAUUACUCCCAUCUACCGAUACACGUUUUAGGCCAGACCAAAGGUUUCUAGAAGAGGGGAAUAUUGAAGGAGCUGAAAUGCAAAAGCAGAGAAUCGAGCAGCUACAGAGAGAACGACGGAAGGUGCUGGAAGAAAACAACCUGGAGCAUCAGCCUAGAUUUUUCAGGAAAUCCAAUGAUGAUUCCUGGGUGAGCAAUGGAACCUACAUGGACCUUAGAAAAGAACCUGGUUUUUCCAAACUGGACAAUCCUGUCCUGUGGUGA